AUGUACAGAAUAGACGUUUCAGAUUUUUAUGACUUCCAAGCGUUCAGAAAUAUGUGUCCAUUUAGAGACUAUAACAAAGCAGUCGAGAAUUUGAAACGUUUAGUCAUUUAUGUCGACUCUGCCCCAGAAUGUUAUGUCAUGAAAGAAUGGGAUGUAGUCUUUAACAAACCUAAAGCGACAAUAGUUUCAGAACAAGAAUGUAAACAGAAACUUAAGAAAAUAAAAGUCGUACAAGUUGGUAUGAAGAUGUUAGAUGCUUGGGAUAUCUUAUUGUCAAAGUUAGAAGAUUUUUCAGUUCGUGGUAUAAAGUUCUAUACACCUUCUCCAAACUUCUAUUCUAUCUUCACUGGAUAUAAAUACGAACAAGUAGAAUGGAAAGAAAAUGUUAUAGAAGCUUGGUUAGACCAUGUCAAAGAAAUUAUAUGCAAUGGAAACGAAAGAGUCUAUGAGUAUAUCUUAUGUUGGUUUGCAAACAUCUUACAACAUCCAA